AUGGGCAUCAUGGAUGGCUAUCCAAGAAAGCCAAACACCCAACACCACCAGUCUCUGAUGGACGCCCCCGCCGGCGCAACCAGCAGCACCACCCACGCACCUCCGGGGCCUCACCACCAUGCCACCGCGAAGAAGAGGCACCACUCCGGGCGCACCAAGACCAUCCUUCUCUUCGUCGUCACCAACUCCAUCUCCAUCCUCCUGUCGGUCUCCUUCUCGCACGUCACCGGCCUUGGGAGCGGCGGUGACGGCGGGGGCGACUCCGCGCUCGACUUCGCGUUCAGCGUUCUCUCUUCCAGCCAGAGCCUCGCCGUCGACCUCCACAACCGCAUCGAGGCCACCGACGCGAUCAUCAAGAGGCUCAUCUCCAAUUCUGGCAAGAUGAAGCGGGACGCGCCGCCGCCGAAGCUGACGCCGGAGGAGGAGCUCACGGUGGCGCUCGGCCCGCACACGCUCCCGUUCGGCUACACCCGGAACCUCGACUCCGACAAGCUGUACCCAGCGGUCGGCGCCGCGUGCCACCGCCACCGCGACGAGCUCAGGAAGUACAUGCGGUACAACGUGAGCGGCGACUGCCCGUCCGACGAGGCGUUCGCGGAGCGGCUGAUGCUCAAGGGGUGCGAGCCGCUGCCGAGGCGCCGGUGCCGCGCGCGCGGGCCCGCCGGGUUCCCGGACCCGACGCCGUUCCCGGAGAGCCUGUGGGUGAUCCCGGCGGACAAGUCCGUCUCGUGGGCGCCCUACGCGUGCAAGAACUACUCGUGCCUCGUGGACCGCGCCCGCCGCCCGGGGAGAAACGACCUCGACUGCAAGGCGUGCUUCGACCUCGCCGGCAAGGAGCAGCGGCGGUGGGUCGGGCAGGGCGGAGACCUCGACUACGACAUCGACACCGUGCUGGCGUCCAAACCGCGGGGCACGAUACGGAUCGGCCUGGACAUCGGCGGCGGCACGGGCACGUUCGCGGCGCGCAUGGCGGAGCGCGGAGUCACCAUGGUGACCACGACCCUGGACCUCGGCGCGCCGUUCGGCGCGUUCGUGGCGUCCCGCGGGCUCGUCCCGCUCCACCUCGGCGCCGUCGCCGGGCGGCUCCCGUUCUUCGACGGCACCCUGGACAUCGUGCACUCGAUGAACGUGCUCGGCAACUGGGUCCCCGGCGCGGUGCUGGAGGCCGAGCUGUACGACAUCUACCGCGUGCUCCGGCCGGGCGGGAUAUUCUGGCUGGACCACUUCUUCUGCACCGGGAAGGAGCUGACCGGGGUGUACGUGCCCAUCAUCGAGGGCGUGGGGUUCCGGAAGCUCCGGUGGAACACCGGUAAGAAGCUGGACAAGGGGCCCAACGCCGACGAGUGGUACAUCUCGGCUCUGCUCGAGAGGCCCAUGAUGUGA